UUUACUCUAGAAUAAAUGCAGACACUGUUCAGCUGUUAUUUCUGUGUAAGGUCCUUUGAUGAAUGAAAUGUUUGAAAUACGUUUUGGUAAAUAAAAUGUCUUUUUGCCAUUCUCAUAUGCAUGGAGCAACAAGAUAUUAGAAUCUAUAUUUCUUUAUACAUUCUGGAAACAUUGGAUUGUUGUCAAACUUUUUACUCUUUCUGUGUGGUAAUUCCCCCUCCUCUGUUUUAGCUACAAUGUAUAAAAAAUACACAAAGACGCACAGUGUCGUUGACGCGAGGAAGCAGAGCUGCGUGCGCGCUCCGCCUCUCUGACGUCACUGCCUCCUGAUCAGCCGAAAUCCCUGAUAACGCGGCGCGCUCCCGCUCAGCUCUGAAUGGGGGCUCAGUUCAGCCGGUGACAGCUCGUCCAACUCGUCCAGCUCCGUACAGACGCCACGGUCUGUUCCUCCGCGCCGCCCCUCUCAGACUCCCCGGCAGUCCACUGCCCUGCUUCUCUGGGACAACACUGUCAUUCAGGAAUGAGAAAUGAUGGCCGGCUCUGCAGCAGAGGAGAAAACCUUCCGACGGUUCUUGGAGCUCUUUACCCGGGAGAUGAGGAUGCCUCUGCAGGAGAGCGACCCUGUGCCGAUGCGUCCUUUAUCGGACCUGGUGUCUGAGGACGAAAUAGAAGGAGAAUGCCUCGACCUUUGCCUCCAGCACCUCUACAAAUACAAUUGUCCCUGCUCGCUGGCAGCCGCCUUAGCCAGAGCCACCGCAGACAGCAUCCUUCAGACUGACCUCUCCAUUCACCACCUCAACAAGACUGUAGAAGACGGAGCUGACCCAUUACCACAGAUCGAGGCUGUGACGGUGGCCCGACUCGUGUUUAAUAUAUUGUUUGAGAUGUGCUGCCUCUGGCUGAAGGAGCUCCCCUUCCACCGCCGUCCGCUGCCGUACUAUGAAACGUCCAUUCACGCCAUCAAGAACAUGAGGCGCAAGAUGGAGGACAAACACGUCAUCAUCCCAGACUUCAACACGCUCUUCAACAUCCAGGAUCAGGAGGAGCAGGCUUUCUUUGCUGUGUUCGAUGGUCACGGAGGCGUGGAUGCAGCUAUUUACGCUGCCAACCACCUGCACGUCAACUUAGUUCAUCAAGAAUCCUUCAGCCAGGAUCCCAUCGAAGCGCUCUGCAAAGCCUUCAAGGUCACUGAUGAGCGCUUUGUGAAGAAGGCCUCACGAGAGAAACUCCGCUGUGGGACCACAGGAGUGGUGACGUUUCUACGAGGCCAGACGCUGUACGUAGCCUGGCUGGGAGACUCUCAGGUCAUUCUGGUUCGAAGAGGGCAAGUGGUGGAGCUGAUGAAACCACAUAAACCAGACAGAGAGGAUGAGAAGAAGAGGAUUGAAGCCCUGGGAGGAUGCGUGAUCUGGUUUGGCACAUGGAGGGUCAAUGGUAGUCUUUCUGUCUCCAGAGCAAUAGGGGACUCUGAGCACAAACCCUACAUCUGCGGUGAUGCGGACCACAGUGUCUUUCCUCUAGACGGUUCCGAAGACUACCUGAUUCUGGCCUGCGAUGGCUUCUGGGACACCGUGAGUCCAGAGGAGGCAGUACGAGUGGUCAGCGACCAUCUCCAGGAGAACAGCGGAGACACCACCAUGGUCGCACACAAGCUGGUGGCCUCAGCCCGAGACGCUGGAUCUAGUGAUAACAUAACUGUCAUAGUUGUCUUCUUGCGGGACCCCCGCUCUCCACCUCCCACAAGCACAGAGGAGGAGGAUGAAGCUAUGGUGGAGGGACAAGCGGUGGAAGAAGAUGCAACAGAGGUGGAAGAAGAGGAGCAAGAAGAGGAGGAGGAAGAUGAAACGGUUAGAGCUGAGCGUGAUGGUGGUGAGGGGGGCAGCACUGCAGACAUUGGGGGGAAGGGCCGCGGAGGUUGGCCCCUGCAGCAGUGCUCAGCUCCCGCCGACCUCGGCUACGAAGACCGAACUGACUCGUUCACGGACAGAACUAGCCUCAGCUUGCUGGGGCCGUCGCUGGAGGGCCGCAUCUCCCUGACACGAGGCUCAAGGAAGGCCUGCUUCAACUUUAGCCCUGACCUCUUCACGACCUCUCACUUGUAUCGCGAAGAGCGCCCGCUGGGGCGCAGGUCAAAUAUUCUCUUUCAGGAGCCGGGAAUCUCUGGCUUCACGGACCCACUGUGGCCCCAGACAGCCAUGCUGUUGAGCAAAGCAGUAAGGCGGAACCCCUGGCGCGGCGACCACGGUUCUCGCCGGUGGGGCCGAAGAUGGCCAAGCAAAUCCAGGGAGCUUCUGAUACCAUCCAGCCAAAUGCAGUGCUACUCCACCUGGAGGCCUGGAGUGGUUGUUCCUCACCUGCCCCCUGAUGCCACCUUCUGAAGGGGUGGUCCAAUCCAAAUCAUCUCAGCCCUUUCUUCAGUCUUUUCGCCCCUUAGCCAAGCCCCCUGGGCCUUUAACAACACAUCUUUCUUUGAUAGUAGGUAGUUGUUGCUCCUGCAGUAAUUAUGUGGUUUUAAUCUAUCGCUGUGUCCAAACUAAGAGGCUGCAUCCUCCGUGGAGUUGUGUUUAAAAACGUGGGUAAAAUUUUGUAGUUAUCUUUAUUUUCAGCAGAAAAGGCUGCAGUGGGAGUAACUACGAAAGAGCAGCCUAUCCAAAAAUUCUUUGAGCUAAAAGACAAUGAAAACGGCUAAGGCUAGACAGGAAAUGGGUUGGAAUUGUGGCCGAAUUCAGUUUACGCCUUGUAUUCUUGCUGGGCUUCAGAGAAUAUGGCAUUCGGUGCACUCGGAGUGUGCAGAUGCUUAAUUUGAACACAGCUUCUGUCAGAGGACUGGUGCUCCCCGUCCUCGGUUGAAAGCUUUCAAACCUAAGCAGACCCUCAUAUUUCAAGCCCCCGCCCCAUCCUGUCGAUGAAGCCCAAACAGAACCCUCUCCUGCUGAUUGGCUAACAUCAAGCCAGAGCUGGGAAUGUCGGUUGUGUCCAAAGUGAAUGUAAAAUGAAUUGUAGAGCAGGGUGACACGUUUACUGCAGGCAUUGAAAUCACAGUUGGAUCUGUGUCAGUCAGGGUGAACAAAACAAAUGAAGUUCUGAUGACAUUUUAUAGCUGGACAUUAAGGCGUCGUGAGAGAGUAUGCACUCAGUUUUGUUACGAACCGUAAAGCUCAGGCCUUAGUCACAACUGAUAUGUGGGCGAAAAAUGGGCAAACCCUGUACAACGCAUGCAGGUCGCACAGGGAAUAUCAAGGUCGUAGGCUGUUCUGUGAGCCCCCAGAGUGAUAAUGUUCACAUUUUUCUAUGGGCAUGCUACACAUGGCAGGUCGUAGGGAACACUUAAACCACACAAAAGGGUAAAGGCUGAUUUACACUGGUCCGUCUGCAGUGCGUCUCCGUUGCGUUGAUACAAAAAAAUUGGAGGAUUAUUAGUCAGUGUGAAUUUUAACAUCACCUCCAUCAUUGUCUGCUGUGUCUGCUGUCUAUCCCCCUGCAAUCGACGCAAGCUAUAGGCAAGACUUCUAUUUCCAGUCUAUCAGCGCGUCAAUUUUGUGACAAAAAUCUGGAGAAAUGGUAAACAGGUCCAGGUUUCAAAAUAAAAACUUCUGUUUUACUUUCAAAAUAAAACUUCAAAAUUGUUUAUUUUAUAUUAUGUGACAUGCCCACAAGACAACGCCUGUUAACUCACCGGAUAAUACCGGGGUCCAUUUUUUGACAAAUUUUAAUUUUGUAAGGAGGAGGGCUUGUGAAAGUAUUGGAUGUUUUGAUGACACGGGGUGGUGGACAAACCCCCUUCUCCAGAAGCCAGAGAAAUAAGAGCAACAGCAAUAACAUAAACUAACUGACAGUUGUGAGAUGGACUCCCCAGGCAGCGCAAGGGAGACGGACUGCACAUGGACCAGUGUAGAUCAUGGGCAAGUACGGGUGGAGUAACUGAGACAGAAACACAAAUACGUCAUGAUACACUUACCACACGCAUGACAAUGGUACGUUCAAUUUUCACGGUGUUACUUAAGAUAACCGAGGAGCCUCUAGGUAACUGUUCGACACACCUGCACUCCUCUUAAGGGGCAGCCGCUCCUCUCUACGACCCUCCAUAGGCCCGGACAAACCCAAAAACUGGCAGCACCGGCAUGGGUCGACCCCUGUACGGAUGCAUGUGACUAAGGCUUAAGCUAAGUUUGCAUUCAGUCUGAUGAGGCUUUUAGCAUUAUAUUAGUAACCCCUGGUGUUUCUAUUGCACUCUUUAAACAGAUGGAUCUUAUUUUGGACAGAAGGCAUAAAAAAUAAAUUUGGAAGUUGCUUCUUUAUAUUUAUGUGUAUAAGGCCAAAAGGUUGUCCUAAUGAUUAGGACAAUGUCUGAUUAGGAGCCAAUCAGGCAUUCUCAUGUUGUAAAGCCCUGCAGGGAUUUUCGCCCUUUUAGCCAUAGGAGCAAUACAUUAGUUGAAAACCUAUAUUUUGUCUUUCUGUAUUGUAAUUAAUCUACCAGAUGAUAUAAUAUACAUAUAUAUAUAUAUAUAUAUAUAUAUACAUACCCUCCUAGACAUAUCAUGUAGUUGUUCAAAUGUUUAUGAAAAUAAUGGCCAUAACGAUUACUUUGUGAAGCCUGAUCCUUCUCUAAACGCGCCUGAGGAGGGGAAAACACAUCGUCUGAAAUUUUGUUGUAGCUUUAGAUUCCAGUUAAGAUUUGAAAAAUCAUUUUCACUAAUAUUUAGACCAAAAACAACACUAAAAUUUCAUUGUUUGUGGUGUGGAUGAUCGUUCCAUUCAUGCAUCGAGGCCUAAUGACAGCCCCUCUUUCCAUACCAGCAGUGAGUAAAGGAUUCGUUGGUUUCAUGGGUUUUUGUUGUCUUUCCUUUUCCUGUUUUACAUCAUUUUUAGGAAAAACUAACAUGUCAUCUUUUUGUCACAACAGAUAGGAAGAAUGUCGAGUGACUGCAUAGCAUUAAGCUUCACUGGCCCAUCCUGCUUCUGCAAUCCUUUUGGUAACAUCUACAUAUAAGUCCUGCACGUUCAUUGCCCCUGGUUUUAGGCUCUGAAGGCGCAUGUUGUUCUGCCCGUUGUAGUGGAGUAUAUAACCCAGCAAUUAAACAACAAUUUGUCCACAAUAGAAAGCUCAUAGUGUUGGAUUAUAAAAGAUUAGAAUUCACACACUUGAGUAAUUUCUUUCUAUGGUUCAGUAUUCCAGAUGGGGACAGAAACCCUAAGUCUUCAUGAGUUAUUAGGAAUAUUUAGAUAACUAAAAUGUUGUUGGUGUUGUGGCACAUGCGGCAGAAUUUAUGUAUCUCACAAAAAUGCACUAUUUUAAUCAAUUGCUACAAAAGCUAAAAAAAGACGAAAAUAGUGCCUUUUAUUUGUUUUUAUUACCCCUGCUGUCCUCGCGCUAUAGAUAGCUAAAAGUGGGAUUUAAUAGGCGUUUGUCAUUAUAAUAUCUUGUUUUACAGAGGGCAUAGAACUUCAGAGCAAGGGUUAAAUAUUUUGGAAAAUGCUGCAAAAAUGUAAAAAGUAUCAUGGCAAUUGACACUGCUCUCAAGUCUGUAUCCACAUUUGUACUACUACCUAACUAAUAUAUGUUAGCACUUGUCUUUGAAAAGUAUUUCUUUGUUAGAACUUCUUUUUGCAGAUUUUAAAGUAACAUGACUUAAACAAGUAUUUCAUAAUGUCAAGUUUUUUCUAAUUGAAGAAGGAAAAAGUAAAAAUAUUCUUUCUAAUUAAAUUCAAUUUUAAAUUUGGAUCUGUUCUAUAUUUAACGUGUGCGACAAGCAAUUAAAGAAAGAAAUAUUCAAUAAAUUAAUUGUGUAGCAGUUGCUUUUAGAGAUCAGAUUUUUUUUUUUCAAAAAAACCCAAAAAGAACAUUUUUAUGCUGUUUAAACAAUAGAAAUUUGUGCUAUAUUUCCCCAUUAAUAAAUACAUGGACAUUAUUGGCUCAUUAGUGUCAAACACUGUAAUUUUUUUUUCAAGGAUACUACAAUGAAUUGUAGCUCCUGUUGGAAGACCUAAUGAUACAGAGAAAAGUACUAGGAGUAAAAAUAUAGCACCCUCUUGUUAAAGAUAAUAAAAAUAAGAAAAUAAAAAAACAAUAUAUUUGUAAUCUAAUAUUUUUUAUGAUUCAAAUGAAAAAUCUUUAUCCCUAAUAAGAAGUUUAGGCAAUAGAGCCCAUGCUAUGGAGGACAUUAAUAGUCUUUAAAAUGAAUUACAGCAAAAAUAAUUACAACAUUUUGAUGAUUAAAAAUUAAAAUUGACUUAAAUAAGCUUUUGAAUACAACAAUUAAUGUCCAAAUGAAGUCAGUGUAGUGUUUAGGAAUUUCAAAUUGUAAAUUUAAAUUGUAUUUUUUUAUUAAAUGCCUGAUAUUAAAAAAUUGUGACAUGCAAAAACAUUUUAACGGAAAACCACAUAUAAGGAAAACUAAACCACACCCAUCCUUAAUUUGUUAAGAAAAGUAUUUCUCAUUGUAUAAAUUUGAAAAAACAAUUUUAAAUCUAAAUCAGAAUUUUCCCUGCUGCAGUUUCAAAUCGCCUUUCCUAAACUGUUUUGCCUCAACUUUAGCUUUUGUGCGACACUGAAACCUUAAAGUAGAAGGAAGAAACUGUCCCGUGACUAUGUCCAGCUUUCUGAUUGGUUACCUGCGAUUUAAGGAUAAGUGACAGCAAGAAGCAUGCGUUCACUAUGGACAAGUUUAAAAACAUAUGAGACCCACAUGAACAAAUGUUUAAACAUUUGUCCCAAAUGCAAACAUUGUUUAAAUAGCAACAUUUAACCUUUUCUCUUUUGAUUUAAUAGGAAAUUAAAAUGACCCAACUUAAAGAAGAAAAACAGUUUCAAAUUAUGGGGAACCUAAAACCUUUUUUAUUGUGUUUUAUUUUUCUCAGUAACACAAGCGAUUCAGAAAAGUGCAAAUAUCAAUAUAUGCUGAUGAUAUAUUCCUAACUUCCCCCUUUUUUUUAAGACAAAGGCUGCACUGAUAAAGGAAAGGGUUUAAUUUGUAUGUUUGGAGGAAAAUUUCAUUCCACAUGGAGCCAUUAUUUCAAUAAAUAAUUUUUACCUUUCUUACUGCUACUAUUACUUAUUAGCUGCUGCUUUGAAAGAACUACAAUAAAGAUUCGGCAAGGGAAGACCUAUAAGUAAUUUUAAUAGAACAAUAGUAGUGAACUGCCCUCUUUGGUGCCAAUAAAUGCCAACUCAAACAUUGUUUAUUAAGAAACUGUCUCAUAAUCUUGAGUCAAGUUAGUUUUCUCUCUGAUAAUAGGAUUUCUCACCAACAGAAAUGCGUUCCUUGCACUUUAACAUGCGACCUGGUAUGUGCAGAAUCCACAUACUACUUAGACAAUGACCUCGUUCAGGCCGGCAAUUUUAUUUAUUUAGUUUUUUUAACAGUGGCCAAACCUUUCUAGCAUUCCAAUGAGCAUUUUCCCAGUAUCCUUUCCUCUUCUGCUCCUGCUGUUGAUAUCCUAAAAUUAUCUGGCGAAAACCUUAUGGACUCACUAUCAAAGAGCGUCACUAGAGCAGAAUGUACCUCAUGUCCUAGAAUGUGGUGAAUUAGGUCAUCAGGAGUUGGUGUGCUUCUUUUUUUUUCUGUCCGUCAUAUUAUAAGGGGUGCUUUAAGGAAUGUUCUUGAAAACGAAAAAGCGAAUGAGUCAUUUUGUGGACUUAUCCCCACAAUGUCUGCCAAAUAAAGAAAUAAAAA